AUGUUUUUCUUCACGAUCGGUCCUCCUUACUUACUCACAGUCCCCCCCUCCCGGUCGACCACACUUUGUGCUACCAUGUAUAUUUCAGCGACCCACAUACCACCACCACAGUUCGCUUACAUGACUUCUUCCACUGCCCGCACAUCUGUGGCAGUCCCCUCCUCCCAAGACCGCACGCUAGCCAUUAUAGUCUAG